CGAAAAUUCUAGAUUAUUCAGGCAUCCAAGAUUCAUCACCAAUCGUUUCUUUUCCAACAAGAAAUUCGAAGAUCUAGCUCCUUAAAAAGUAGAAUUUUGUUCCUCUUUUCGAUUCCUAUUUGAAAUUUGGAAUUGAGAUUUUGAAUCCUAUUUUAUCGAAGAAUCUCUCUACAAAUCAAUUGUUCGAAACUCGAAGGACCUCGUAACAGAAUGGAUUUCGAGCUGAGAGCCGCGAGGGAGAAGCUUGAGAGAGAACAGAAGGAAAGGAAAGAGAAGGCGAGGCUAAGACUUGAAAGGGAGAAGAAAGCCAAACAAGAAGCCAUUCGCCAACGAGAGGCCAUCGAAACCGCUCAAAGAAUUCGAAGGCUCGAUGCGGCUGAAGCCCAACUCAAGGCUAAUCAGCAAAUGGAAGAAAGUUUGCUAGCUGGGAAUGGUGUCAUAUUUUUUCGUAUUUUAGAAGCUGUGCCUUACCAGGGCUAUGGAGAUAAGAUCAAGUUGCCACCUUCUUGCUUCACUGAAUUGUCUGAUCAAGGCGCUCUUGAUAAAGGGCCUAUGUACUUUCAACUUUCAAAGGCUCAAAAAGAGGGUUCUCCAAUCACAGAAGCCACUGAACAGCAAAGCCAAGGUAUUACCCACUCUGGUGUUCUGGAGUUCACUGCAACUGAAGGAUAUGUUGAGCUUCCUCCUUAUGUAUGGAGUAAUUUAUUCCCUACUGACCCUCCAAAGGUUCCCUUGAUUGAGGUUCGCUAUGUUAGGCUACAAAAAGGAACAUAUGCCAAAUUACAACCAGAUGGGAGGGGCUUCCUGGACAUACCCAAUCACAAGGCAAUUCUUGAAACAAGCCUCCGGCAGCAUGCUACUCUCUCUCAAGGUGAUGUAAUCAUGGUCAACCAUGGAGAACUAAGCUACAAAUUGCGGGUUCUAGAGCUAAAGCCAUCUUCUAGUGUAUCUGUACUGGAAACAGAUAUUGAGGUUGAUAUAGUAGGGCCAGAUUCGGCUUCAGAGAGGACAGAUGGUUAUGUCUUAAUCCCUCUCACACUAGGAAAGGCUGAAUCUGGAAUUGUUGAGGAAGGUAAAUACAACUAUUACAAGUUCACAAUAGAUACUGAAAUUAGUCGCAAAGUAAUCUCUGGCUUUUCCAGUAUUGAGGUUAAGAUAGAAGCAGAUACAAAUGGUGGGGAUACUGAUCUCUAUGUAUCCAGAUAUCCUGUCUUAUUCCCAAAUCAGCAUCAGCACCAAUUGUCGUCCCAUGAUGUGGGUUCAAAGGUUUUGAUUCUCAACUCUAAUGACGAUAGCCUGGGCAGUAUCUAUAGCAUUGGUGUCUAUGGCUUCAAGGGAACAACAAAAUAUCAAAUUACUGUUGGAGUUAAAGAUAAUAAUAAUAAUUAUAGGGUUGGUGAACAAGCAAUUUCUUCCUCAUCAACACUGGAUUUGGACUCUGUAGCAUGUUGGAACUGUAAGCACUAUAUACCUAGUAGGAGUAUUGCACUGCAUGAAGCUUUUUGUAGUAGGCACAAUGUUGUCUGUCAGCAUUCUGGAUGUGGGGUUGUUCUCAGAAAGGAGGAGACUGCAAACCACGUGCAUUGUGAGAGAUGCAGACGAGCCUUCCAGAAGGCAGAGAUGGAGAAGCACAUGAAAGUGUUCCAUCAGCCACUUCACUGCCAUUGUGGAGCAGUCUAUGAGAAGGAAGAGAUGGUUCAACACCAGUCCACUGUCUGCCCCCUGCGCUUAAUUACAUGCCGGUUCUGUGGGGACAUGGUUCAAGCUGGGACCUCUGCAACAGAUGCUCGAGAUCGAUUGAGAGGACUUUCUGAGCACGAAAGUGUCUGUGGGUCUAGAACAGCUCCAUGCGACUCGUGCGGGCGUUCUGUCAUGUUAAAGGAGAUGGACAUCCAUAGAAUAGCUGUGCAUCAAAAGAAUUGAAGGUGAAAUUUUAGGUUUAUUUUGACAUGGUGAAAGUUGCCAAGGGCAGGGAGACUUUUGAGGUGUUCAUUCCGGUGCACUAGACGAACAAUACAAUCCAUAUGUUUAUUGCUAAGUGAAAUUUAUUCAACUGUGUUUCAGUUCCAAUAAUUAUGUGAGCUUGUAACUAUUGUAUUUGAAAGGUGAUAAAGAAGAUGCUUGACUUUUUGAGUGCCAGCUUUUCCCACUUCAUCAGCUAGUCGUGUCACAGAGAAUGUUAUUGAAUGGACACCCUUAUAAUCGGGCUGUUUUUAGUUUCUCUUAAAGGUUUGGUUUGUGAUUGACCAAACUUAGUUCUUUGUUUGAUAUUUUCUAUUUCGUUUGUUUGGAAUUCAUCCACUUUGGAAAUUUUAGCUUUUAUUUUAAUCA